AUGGGUGCUUGCGUCUCUCCUUAUGAAUAUGCAUUUGCUUCCGUCACAUGCGCUGUGUGCUCGCCCUCCCUUCGCAUUUGUCUUCGUCCAUCGAAUUGUGAAGCCAUGUCGGGACCGGUUGUGGACGCGGAGGUCGCACUUGCCCGGUGCAUUGAGGCAAUGCACACUACGCUACUGGCCUCAGUGACGGACGCCCUCCCGCAGUCCACAGAGUCAAUGGAGGCAUCAGACGCGGGGGUGGGAGUUGUCGACACCGUGGCGCAGCGCUUGGAAUGGGAGAUGGGAGUUGAACGUCAACGCAUUGACAAGUUGGUGGGUGGACUCGAGCAACACUUCGCGGCUUUGGAGCGUGCGGUGUCGUCUCUGCCGGAUAUUCCUGCAGACUCAAUUGAUCGGGACAUUGAGAGAUUGAACACGGAGGCUGCAUCUCUUGCACAGACGAUGAUGGCUGCGUACGACGAGGCGGAGGCGCUUGCGGCGCAGCUGGAGCAUGAAAUCAACUCCCAACCGGUGCCUUCCAUUUGA